AGAUCCGGCAUCCAGCUCAGCUCACCACGACACUCACUCACUCACCGAGUCCGACCUCAUUCAAACAACUACUUUCAUACACAAAGAUGGCUGACGCCGGCGAAGAACCUCAUCAUGUGUCGGAGCCUCUCGACCUUGUCCGACUUCUUCUCAACGAAGUUGUCUUUGUCAAGCUUCGAGGAGACCGAGAACUCAAGGGGAAGCUGCAUGCUUACGACAGCCAUUGCAAUCUGGUCCUAGGAGAGGUUGAGGAGACUAUCUACACCGUGGAUGAGGAUGAUGAUGACGAUGAGCUCAAGACUAUCAGCCGGAAAUCCGAGAUGCUAUUUGUGAGAGGUGACAGUGUUGUCUUGAUCUCACCUGGAGUUCCCUUUUAGAACAAACGACUAGACUAUUAUACACUAUGCCAUCCAACAUAUGCACAGCCUGGCUCAACAUGUGCGAUAACGGAACAUGUCGCAUCACAUGUUAGCCAAAGGCAAUGAAUGAGCUGCACACGUCAUACCGAGAGCAGCUCAACCAAACCAAGAUCACGUUCUGGCCGGGAUUUAGGGCUGAGUUUUUUUAUUGUUCCACACUCUUCGGCUCCGUUAUUCAGUAGUAAAUGUCAAGUCAAAAAGCUGAAAUCCCACCUCGACAGACCCAGCUCAAGGGUUAGAUAGGCCAUCAAUAGCACGAAAGAUUAUUGAUGC